UAUUUAGACUGUCAGAGAAGACAUUUCCACAUCACUUCAGAUAGGGGAUUACCUUCUGUCAUUUCAUUUCUAUUUUACACUUUUCCUGGCUUUGUAAAGUGGUCAUUGUUUUCCUGUCAUCUACCUCUUAGAAGAAAAUCAAGAAGUAAAGAAGAGAAAAUACGCCCUUCCGCUUUCAAUUUCUGUAGCUCCUCUGCCCUCUAACCACAGAGCCGACCAAGAUAAAGCCGCUGUCAUCUCUUUAACCCGUCUCAGCAGAUCGCUUGCCGCUGCCGCCUCCUCCAGAUUCCCGAGGCGAAGAACAAGAAGCUGAGCGACAUGGACGUGAAUAUCGCUCCGCUCCGCGCCUGGGACGAUUUCUUCCCCGGCUCUGACCGCUUUGCUCGGCCAGACUUCAGGGACAUUUCCAAAUGGAACAAUCGCGUGGUGAGCAACCUGCUGUAUUAUCAGACCAACUACCUGGUGGUGGCUGCCAUGAUGAUUUCCGUUGUGGGGAACUGGAUCCCAAAUUUGUACACUCACUGGAAAAUGAAAUUGAUCUCUAAAGGGUUCCUGAGCCCAUUCAAUAUGAUCCUUGGAGGAAUUGUCGUGGUGCUGGUGUUCACAGGGUUUGUGUGGGCAGCCCACAAUAAAGAUAUCCUGCGCCGGAUGAAGAAGCAGUACCCCACGGCAUUUGUCAUGGUGGUCAUGUUGGCGAGCUAUUUUCUCAUAUCCAUGUUUGGAGGAGUCAUGGUCUUUGUGUUUGGCAUUACUUUUCCUUUGUUGUUGAUGUUCAUUCAUGCAUCGCUGAGACUUCGGAACCUCAAGAACAAAAUUGAGAAUAAAAUGGAGAUCAUAGGUCUGAAGAAGACACCAAUGGGCAUUAUCCUUGACGCCCUAGAGCAACAGGAAGAAAGCAUCAACAAAAUCACUGACUUUAUCAGUAAGGGGAAGGAAUAAUAGAGCUGCCUGAGUGACGGGGUUGCCGCAGAAACUUAAGUUGCGGUUUACCUUGUCCAGACCUACUUUCUAUUUGUGUUUUUUGAAACAAGAGGUGCACGUACCAUCUAACUAUAUGUGGCAGCAUGCAUGUGUAGGCCAAACUCUUAACAUCUCUGAUAUUACAGAGGGAAGGCCUCAGAAAUGGAAAGAAACCAGUCUCUUUUAGAGCUGAAGUUUCAAGUGUGUUAAAUGAAAACUGAUAGGAAACAAAUCAUUUCCCUGAUUUCUCUAGGCAACUAAAAAAAAAAGUAAAUGAAUUAAUGGAUUCAACAAUACUGCUACCUUAUAGGGAGGGGAAAAAAUGAAUUGUAAAGUACUGAGGCAGUGUAAGUAAUUGAAAAGACUUAUAAUAAAUAAUGUCAUGUAUUUAUUUGCCUGUUAUAUACUCUCUUCCAACACCUAGCACCUCCUCCAAAAAAUAAAAUAAAAUUACAGUAUGUUCAGCAUAACUUUGUUUUUUAUUAUUAUUUUAAGUUCAAAUAUGAUCUCUAUCACUUUGCCACCCGUUUGAUGUGAUGUGCAGUGGGAACUGGAUAAGCCAGUUGUUUAUACUUUGUUUACAAGUAACUAUAAAGGUAGUUGUUUAGGCUAUUUGUCAAACUUUUGUCAAUUUUUGAAAGGCUGAUAACAUGUUUUCAUUAGUAGGAAUUUGCUGCAAAACAAGUGUUAUCUUCCUUAAGGAUGCUAUAGCUAUGGAACUUGUAUUAUUCUUGUUAGUCUUAUUUAAAACAAAACAACAACAACAACAAAAACCCUGAGUUCUGUUUAUAUUGCACUUUUUUGUUAUUACAAUGACAAAACGGUAUUCAAAAUAAUGUUUCCCAUAUUUCUUGUUUAAUUUUGUAACUGGAAAAUUUAGAAAGAAGAUAAUGUUCAUUUUUAUCGAUUGCUUUGAGACAAAAAAGACAGCUGUUGAGUUCUAAAGAUCGAAAUGUAUCUUUAGAUAGCUAAGCAAACAACAACAAAAAAUCUAUUGUGAAUGAAAAUGGGCAAGGUCACUGAUACCUGUAGUUUAACAUUUUUGAUAUCAGCUGUUUUAACUAGAUGCUUUUAUAUAUUAGAAUUAAAAUAGCAUGAGUUUAUGUAUUCUCUUAUUUUCCUCAUCUCUCAUGUAUUAAGAAAUAGAUUAUACAAACUGUUUUUGCUUGCUAAUUGAAUGAUUUCAUAAAGAAAUAGAACAUAGUUAGGUUUCCUUAACAUGGAAUUAUAAAGAGAAUUGGAAUAACAAAGUCAUAGUAUGUGCUACUCCUGAUUUUUCUUGUAUUUAAAUUUCUCUGCCAACCUGCAGCCUUUACAUCUGGCACAGUAGACUUGCUACAACUUCACAAAUAUGGUCAAUAAUAUGUACUUUUACCCAAAUAUGAAUAAUAAAACUUACCAAAAGUUUA